AUGGAAUCUAAUCUGAAAGAAAUUAUGGCCCGUCUGAUGAACCAGACGUCUGAUUCUGUCAGACCUGCGUGUAAAAAGUGUGGCUACCCCGGACAUUUCACGUACCAGUGUCGAAACUUUCUCAAGGUGAAUCCCAACAAGGACAUUGUCCUCGAUAUUAGCAGCACAAGUUCGGAAGAUGAGUCGGAAGACGAUUUCGUGUCGCCUCUCGUCAAACUCAACGCGGAAGAAACCGCUAAGAGCAGUGGUGGUCCGUCGUUCGUGGGAGAAGAAAAAUCGAGACAGCGAAGUCGUGAGAAAAAGAAGAAACACAAAAAGCACAAGUCGCGGUCAAGGACCAGAUCAAGGUCGGUGUCAAGAUCACGAUCAGUGUCCGAGUGUUCUGAGGAUGAUCGGAAGAAAUCCAAAAAAUCGAAAAAACACAAAAAGGAAAAGAAGCAGAAAAGGUCUCAACAGCACAAAUCCGAAAAGCGGAGGGUUGAUGACUGA